AACAUGGUUUCCGUGAUGACUGGUCUGUGGCAACUGAUUAUUCCCAUGAUUGUGCUCUCACACUUCUCAGCAUCUCUUCCAUCCUGGGAGAGGACUGAGAGACAUGCUGAUGGGCUCUUCCACAGUGAGCUCAGCAAGAUGAAUGGCAAUGCCUUUGUGCGGCAGCUGGUCAAGCACCUGAUGGGCCUCAAGGAGAGGUCCCAGAGGCACUCAGAUGGACUGUUCACCAGUGAGUACAGCAAGAUGAGAGGAAAUGCUCAGGUCCAGAAAUUCAUCCAAAACCUGAUGGGCCGCAAGCGCAGCCCUCCAGGCCCAGUCAACACAUACGUGCAGGAGAGAGAAGAUGAAAACAGCAAGGAGGAACUCUGCUUUAUGAGGUUGUACCAGAGCUUUCUAAACACCAGCCACCCAGAGGAUGAUGCCAGGGAAGCUGCUGCAGUUACCAGCCAGUACAUUUGCCCCAUCUUAAAGCAUCUGGCUGCAGACAUGAAGGAAGACACAGAGGGUUUCGACUGA